AUGCUUGCCUCCUUCUCGAAUAGCCCUCAGACUGGUUUAACCUACGAUGACGUCCCGAAGGGCGUAACGGUCAGAUUCAGUAGUGCGUAUAUCGAGUUAGCAUUCUGGCAAUCUCCUAACGGCGUACGGGGCGACGUGCAGUGGAAGUCUGUGAAGUGUACUCAAUGGAACCGCGAGGAUGGCUUGGCUCAGGCUGCUUCCUACAGCCACCGACCCAAUCCAACGUACGGGAACUUCCUGAAGGAACACACUCCAAUCUUGGCGGAUGAUUCCUGGAAUGUCAUUGCCUUGUGGACUGCCCAUUCACCUUACUCCCUUCCAUCGAGUGUCUGUGAACUCGUUGACAAUCUCGACGAGAAGGCAUUGGCGAUUGCCGAGAGAAGACUCGUCGCGUUAGAGACAGGCGAAAUCCGAGAAGCUGUAGCUGCGAACCCAGACUCGAGGCAGAGGGGAGGUCCCUGUAUGGAAGUUGGAGGCUUCUCCCGCCUAAUGAAGUUCGGUAACAGUGCUUUCCCGCCGGACGUUGAGACCCCCGGCGAGUCGUUCGUGUGCAAGAAAUAUGCAGGGAUAGAGCGUCAGCUGCAGCAUACUUCUGAACCGAAGAAAGUCGUAUCCUUCUGCUUGAACUUGAAGACGACGCUAAGCCCGAACUUCAACCUGUCACAUGUGACCAUUGUACUUUCGGAAAUCCACACGCUGCGGUUCGUACCUCUUCAACUCGAACCAGGUCCUGACACCUUGUUCCCCACAAAGCUCGAGCGCUCCCGUGAGAACUGGCGAUCGAUGGACCAUCAUGGGGCCGAAUUGGGUGUCGAUAGCGUCCGGCUGAGUGCAGGACGCCGCCUUCAUAUCAACUUCUUGCAAGAAGAAGGGCUCUUCCGUGGGAUACAAGCUGCGCUCGUUCCUACCGCCGAUACCGCCUUGGCCUCGAGGGCGACGAAGCCCAUGAGCGUGAUGGAUUCCCUCGACGACGCAAUUGCGACAGAUGGGCAGAACACGCCCACCAUUACUGUUCCUAAUGAACCCGAACCCGUUUUGCAAACAAUGGUCAUCGACCCCGAUGAUCCCAUCGGCGGGUUGAUGACCGGAAUCGACGGCCUUACGAAGAUUUUUCAAGAACGCAAUCCAUCGUCCUGGCAGACGGGGUACCCCGUCUUACAGUUCCUCGCGCGAUCGAGAGCGCCUGCCUGCAAGCUUGGGGCGCUCGAGGACUUGCGGGAACCUGUUCAGUCCGUGAUAGCAAUGGGCGCAGCUAUAGACGGUCUCUGGGGGGUGAUGUGGAGGUGCUUGCCGCACUCGUCCCAUGAUCGGGCCCACGCAGCUUCGUUGCAGCCAGUGCGAAGGACCACGAUUCAUCUCGGGGAAAUAAUCGCCGACACGCCAACUAUCCCAGGCCGCGACAUCGUCCUCAGCAGACUUUCUCUUCGAUCUUUUCAUCGAGGUCCGAGCUUUACCCAGACCGCCGUGCCGGAUACACGGACGUUGUUUCUGAUGGCCGCCAUGAACGCCCAUCUCCUGCACGUCAUGCCAAUCAUCGAUCCGGGCUGUUUACAGCGCAUCAAACCCACGAGCGAGCUUCGUAGUUGCGGAGACUCCCUUCACAACAGUGACCUAAUGGGCAGAGUUAACGAUUUACGCUGGACCAUACUUAAGGCACAAGCGUGCUGGCGUGGAUACGCGAAGAAGAUAAUUCUGCCCCCCACCCGACUUGACACAGGGUUCAGGUUCCUGUGCUCGCAAUAUCGCGUGCUCUGCGUGAUGAUCGUCCUCCUCCACAUACUCCUAACACUGUUAUUUAAUUCAUGGGUACCGGUCUUUGUCCUCGUUUUUUUAACCAUGUAUAUGGACGGGAUCAAGGCGACGAUGAAGGCCGUCUUCGUCGCAUGCUUAGAUCCUGUCUGUCCAUACAUCAUGCAGUACGACGUCGCAAAGGCCAUUCUCACUAUCCGCGAACAAUUGGACGGGGUCGCGGACGCUUUUGAAGAGCCUCUGCGUGUUCUGACCGAUAUCGUGGACGCCGAACAUCACUCGGAAACGGAUCCUUCCAUCGAGGACAUGGCGCAAAAGGAUCGAGUAUUAUUGGAUUUUAUGUUAAAUUUCGAUCUCAAAACUGGCGGUCGCAUUCAGAGGCACUCUCAAGCAAUUCGAUCAAAGCUUGAAGAUGUAAUUGAAGAGCGUCGAGCCGAAAACAGGCAUCGAUCGCCACUCCGGGCGGUAUAUGAGUACUUCAGGCCGCCGGAGAGGUCUUCGGGUGGACCUGGGCCUGAUGGAAAUGCGCUGCCGAGGGACUUGGUUUGACAUACAUGCGCGCGUCGAGGCAGGCGCUAUAUUGCUCUGAGAGUUAAUUAAUCUGUGCGGCGAAGGACAUACUUAUAUAUACAUGUGAUUACUGCUUCAGCUAGGUAGCGCUUACCUUUUUACACGUCUCCGUGUCUUACACAGUAUGGUAUCUAUACGAAGAAAUAUGUACUUCGUGUUGACUGACA